AAGCAUCGUGUGCCGCUGGCUUACACUUGCUUCGCUUCUUACUACUCGACACGAAUUCUAUGAGCAUUCUAUUGCAGAAGCCAUACAAUCAUGGCGGAUGCUGCGGCUCGUCAACUGCAAUACGAAUAUAAAGCGAAUUCUAAUCUCGUUUUACAAGCUGACGUUCGCUUGAUAGAAAGACGCAGUAGAGAUGAAGCCACUGGAGAAGUUAUGUCCCUCGUUGGGAAACUGGAUGGUACACGUAUGGGUGAUAGAGCCCAGCGUACCAAGCCAGGCAAGGCAGAAGAGCGCAAAGUCAAACGUCAGAAGCGAGAUGAAGCUCAGUACGACUUUGCACGUAUGAAAGGCGCGACAUUACUGUCUGAGGGCGUCGAUGAAAUGGUUGGUAUUGUAUAUCGUCCAAAAACACAAGAGACACGUCAGACUUAUGAAGUAUUGCUCAGUUUCAUACAAGAAGCUUUGGGUGACCAACCGCGUGAUAUUCUUUGCGGCGCAGCUGACGAAGUGUUAGCUGUGUUGAAAAAUGACCGGCUUAAAGAGAAAGAGAAGAAAAAGGAGACAGAGCUCUUGCUUGGUUCACUAGCAGAAGAGAGAUUUGCUCUUCUGGUCAAUCUGGGAAAAAAAAUCACAGAUUUCGGCAGCGACGAGAAAAGCACGGCGAACGACGAGAAUAUCGAUGAAACGUAUGGAAUUAACGUACAAUUCGAGGAGAGCAGCGAAGAGGAUGACGAAGAUGUUUACGGAGAAGUGCGAGAAAACGACGACGAAGGAGACGAAGGCGAGGAAGCCAACGACGACAGGGCUAUUCAUGCGGAGAAUUUGGGUGGAACAGAAGAGAUGAAGAAAGAGAAGCCGUUACAUCCAUUGGACAUAGAUGCUUACUGGUUGCAAAGGAGAUUGAGCAGGAUAUACGAUGACGCGAUGGUUUCACAAGCGAGAGCCGCCGAGGUGUUGGCCGUUUUAAAAGAUGCUGGUGAUGAUCGCGACUGUGAGAAUCAACUUGUACUGCUCUUGGGCUACGAUUGCUUUGACUUCAUUAAACAACUCAAGAAAUACAGACACACGGUCGCGUACUGUACGAUGCUGGCGUCGUCACAGUCCGAGUCGGAGAGACAAAAGAUCCGUAACAAGAUGAACGACGACCCGAUUCUGGCGAAGAUCUUGCGGCAGUUAGAUACGGGCAAGGGCGAAGAUGACGCCGAUGAAACCAUGGAAGCGAGAUCGCAGCGUAAGAGGCGAGAAGAGAACGAGGAUACGGGCGGGCCCGGCGGUCAGGUUCAAGGCACAAGGAACUUGAUUGACUUAGAAGAUCUGAUAUUUGCGCAGGGUAGCCACUUCAUGGCGAACAAACGUUGCCAGCUUCCCGACGGUAGCUUCCGCAAGCAGCGAAAGGGAUACGAAGAGGUUCACGUCCCCGCCUUGAAACCAAAGCCGUUCGCGGAGAACGAGAAGCUGCAUCCGAUCGAUCAAUUGCCGAAGUACGUGCAACCAGCGUUCGAAGGCUUCAAGACAUUGAAUCGCAUACAGAGUCGUCUAUAUCAGACAGCACUGGAAAGCGACGAGAACCUGCUACUGUGCGCACCCACGGGAGCCGGCAAGACUAACGUGGCACUGUUGUGCAUGAUGCGAGAGAUCGGCAAACACAUCAAUGCCGACGGUACGAUCAAUGCCGACGAAUUCAAGGUGAUCUAUGUCGCGCCGAUGCGUUCGUUGGUACAGGAGAUGGUCGGAAAUUUCCGGAAGCGUUUGUCGACGUACAAUCUCACUGUUUCCGAGUUAACGGGGGACCAUCAGCUGACGCGAGAACAGAUCGCCGCUACUCAGGUGAUAGUGUGCACGCCAGAGAAGUGGGAUAUCAUAACGAGAAAAGGCGGCGAGAAGACCUUCACGUCGUUGGUGCGGCUGAUCAUUAUUGAUGAAAUUCACUUGCUUCACGACGAAAGAGGACCUGUUCUCGAAGCGUUGGUCGCGAGGACGAUCCGGAAUAUCGAGACUACCCAGGAGGACGUGCGACUCGUCGGCUUGUCGGCCACGUUACCCAAUUAUCAAGACGUCGCGGCGUUUUUGCGCAUCAAACCUGAAACAGGACUGUUCUAUUUCGACAAUAGUUUCCGGCCAGUGGCAUUGGAACAGCAAUACAUCGGUGUCACCGAGAAGAAGGCGCUCAAGCGUUUCCAGGUAAUGAACGAGAUCGUCUACGAGAAGACUAUGGAACACGCGGGCCGUAAUCAAGUGCUGAUAUUCGUGCAUUCACGCAAGGAAACCGGUAAGACAGCGCGCGCCAUCAGAGACAUGUGUCUGGAGAAAGACACGUUGGGUCAGUUUCUACGAGAAGGUUCCGCGUCGAUGGAAGUAUUGCGGACAGAAGCGGAGCAGGUGAAGAAUCAAGAACUCAAGGAUUUGCUACCGUACGGCUUCGCGAUUCAUCAUGCCGGCAUGACCCGUGUCGAUCGUACUCUGGUGGAGGAUCUCUUUGCCGACCGACACAUACAAGUGCUCGUGUCCACGGCAACCUUGGCCUGGGGUGUUAACUUGCCGGCACAUACAGUCAUCAUCAAGGGCACGCAAGUGUACAAUCCGGAGAAAGGCAGGUGGGUGGAACUGGGCGCGUUAGACGUCCUGCAGAUGUUGGGUCGUGCAGGUCGACCGCAAUACGACACGAAAGGCGAGGGUAUCCUCAUCACGAAUCACAGCGAGCUGCAGUACUACUUGUCGUUGUUGAAUCAGCAGCUGCCAAUCGAGUCGCAGCUGAUCAGCAAAAUGUCCGAUAUGCUGAACGCGGAAGUGGUGUUGGGUACGAUUCAGAACAUUCGGGAUGCGGUCACCUGGCUCGGCUACACUUACCUCUAUAUCCGAAUGCUGCGUUGUCCGAGCCUGUAUGGGAUCAGCCACGAUAAACUGAAGCAGGAUCCGUUACUGGAGCUACACCGGGCCGAUCUCAUUCACUCGGCCGCUGUUGGGCUGGAUCGCAGCGGCCUCAUUAAGUACGACCGCAAGUCCGGCAAUUUUCAGGCGACCGAGUUGGGCAGAAUCGGAUCUCAUUAUUACUGCACGCACGAGACUAUGGCGACGUACAAUCAGUUGCUGAAGCGCACAUUGAGCGAGAUAGAAUUGUUUCGCGUGUUCUCGCUGUCCGGCGAGUUCAAAAACAUAAACGUGCGCGAGGAGGAGAAACUAGAGUUGCAGAAGUUGAUGGAACGAGUGCCGAUACCUGUGAAGGAGAGCAUCGAAGAGCCGAGUGCGAAGGUGAAUGUGCUUCUACAGGCAUAUAUCUCGCAACUGAGGCUCGAGGGCUUCGCCCUCAUGUCUGACAUGGUGUUCGUCACGCAGUCCGCGUCGCGUCUCAUGAGAGCUAUCUUCGAAAUAGUGCUGUUUCGGGGCUGGGCGCAGCUGGCGGACAAGUGUUUGUCUCUUUGCAAGAUGAUCGACCGCCGGAUGUGGCAGUCUAUGUCACCGCUGCGACAGUUCCGCAAGAUGCCAGAGGAGAUCGUGAAGAAGAUCGAGAAAAAGAACUUUCCUUGGGAGAGACUGUACGAUCUCGGACCCAACGAGAUCGGCGAGCUGAUACGCGUGCCGAAGCUCGGCAAAACCAUACACAAGUACGUCCAUCAGUUCCCGAAGCUGGGCCUGUCUACGCACAUACAACCGAUCACACGUUCCACUCUGCGUGUCGUCCUGACUAUCACUCCAGACUUUCAAUGGGACGAGAAGGUGCACGGCAUGUCGGAGGCGUUCUGGAUACUGGUCGAGGACGUGGACUCAGAAGUGAUACUGCAUCAUGAAUAUUUCCUGCUGAAGGCCAAGUACGCAGCCGACGAGCACGUGAUCAAGUUCUUUGUGCCAGUGUUUGAACCGUUACCACCGCAGUACUUCCUACGCGUCGUAUCUGACCGGUGGAUCGGCGCCGAAACGCAGUUACCCGUGAGUUUCCGGCACCUGAUACUGCCGGAGAAGAAUCUACCGCCCACGGAGCUGUUGGAUCUGCAACCAUUGCCGAUCACGGCGCUGCGAAACUCCAAGUUCGAGAGCAUAUAUGCGGACCGCUUCCCGCAGUUCAACCCGAUUCAGACUCAAGUGUUCAACGCGGUGUAUAACUCCGACGACAACGUGUUCGUAGGCGCACCCACGGGCUCCGGCAAAACCACCAUCGCGGAAUUUGCGGUGCUGCGUUUGUUAACACAGAACACGGAAGGCAGGUGCGUCUACAUGGUGAGCAAGGAAGCGUUGGCGGAACUGGUGUACGCUGAUUGGGCAGUGAAGUUCAACCAGCAGUUGGGACGCAAGGUCGUCCUCCUUACCGGAGAAACUGGCACGGAUCUGAAACUGUUGGCCAAGGGACAGAUUAUCAUCACGACGGCGGACAAGUGGGACGUGCUGUCGCGUCGAUGGAAGCAACGCAAGAAUGUGCAGAACAUUCAGUUGUUCAUCGUGGACGAGCUACAGCUGAUCGGCGGCGAGGAAGGCCCGGUGCUCGAGGUCGCGUGCUCGCGAGCGCGUUACAUCUCCUCGCAAUUGGACAAACCCACCCGAAUCAUAGCUCUGUCGGCUUCGCUGGCCGAUGCUAAGGACGCUGCGCAGUGGUUGGGCGCGCCAGCCGCUGCCACCUUUAAUUUCCAUCCGUCUGUGCGGCCGGUUCCGUUGGAGCUGCACGUGCAGGGUAUAAACGUCACACACAACGCUUCGCGAUUGGCCGCCAUGGCGAAGCCGGUGUACAACGCGAUAUUACGACAUGCGUCGCAUAAGCCGGUGAUCGUAUUCGUACCUACUCGUCGGCAAGCGAGAUUAACAGCUAUUGACUUGCUGACGUUCACAGCGGCAGAAGGUCAGCCGUCGCGGUUCUUCCACGCGGAGGAAGCGGAUAUCAAACCGUUCCUCGACCGUAUGGUCGACAAAACACUGAAGGAGACCUUGUCGCAAGGCGUCGCUUAUCUUCAUGAAGGUCUGUCGGCUGACGACCGUCGUCUGGUCGAGCAAUUGUUUGAUAGUGGCGCUAUUCAAGUAGCGGUUGCCACGAGGGAUCUCUGCUGGGGUCUGUCUAUUAGCUCCCACCUCGUUGUGGUCAUGGACACACAAUGCUACAACGGAAAAACUCAUGCUUACGAAGACUAUCCGAUCACGGACGUGCUACAAAUGGUGGCGCGUGCUAACCGUCCACUAGAAGAUGACGACGCCAAAUGCGUGCUCCUGUGUCAAAGUUCGAAGAAGGACUUCUUCAAGAAGUUCUUAAACGAGCUCUUACCGGUGGAAAGUCACUUGGAUCGUCGUCUGCACGAUCAUUUCAACGCAGAAAUCGUAACCAAGACGAUCGAGAACAAGCAAGACGCGGUCGACUACCUCACGUGGACUUUCCUGUACCGACGACUUACGCAAAAUCCCAAUUACUACGGUCUACAAGGCGUCACCCAUCGCCAUCUUUCGGACCACCUGUCUGAAUUGGUAGAGAGCACGUUGACCGACUUGGAGCAAGCCAAGUGUGUUGCUGUGGAAGACGAAAUGGACACGUUGCCACUCAAUCUCGGCAUGAUCGCCGCCUACUAUUACAUCAACUACGCCACCAUCGAGUUGUUCAGCUUGUCGUUGAACAACAAAACGAAGAUUCGCGGUUUGUUGGAGAUUAUUUCGGCAGCGGCGGAAUACGAAAGCGUGCCGGUUCGACAGAGAGAAGAGAAUCUACUGAGGAGUUUGGCAGCGCGAUUGCCACACGCACCACAAGCCAUCAGGAUGGCCGAUCCUCAUGUAAAAGCACAGCUUCUACUUCAAGCACAUCUGUCGAGGAUACAACUUGGCCCGGAGUUGCAGAAGGACACCGAACUGGUGUUGGGUAAGGCUGUGAGACUGAUACAAGCAUGCGUCGACGUACUGAGCUCUUCUGGAUGGCUGGCGCCCGCCGUCGCCGCGAUGGAACUGGCACAGAUGGUGACGCAGGCGAUGUGGUCCAAGGACUCGUACCUGAAGCAGCUGCCGCAUUUUACUGCGGACACUAUCAAACGCUGCACUGACAAAGGCGUGGAAACAGUGUUCGACGUGAUGGAGUUAGAAGACGACGACCGCAAUCGGCUGCUGCAACUGUCGGACGCGCAGAUGGCGGACGUGGCCAAGUUCUGCAACCGUUAUCCCAACAUUGAGAUGUCGUACGAGGUACAGGACAAGGACAAGCUACAUAGUGGCGGUACAGUUAACGUGAUUGUACAACUGGAACGUGAAGACGAAGUCACCGGACCGGUCGUCGCGCCUUUCUUCCCGCAGAAACGCGAGGAAGGUUGGUGGGUGGUAAUAGGCGAUCCGAAGAGCAAUUCCCUGCUGUCCAUCAAGCGACUAACGUUGCAACAGAAGGCGAAGAUCAAGCUCGACUUCGUCGCACCCGCACCUGGUCAACAUUCCUACACGUUAUACUUUAUGAGCGACGCUUAUCUCGGCUGCGAUCAGGAGUACAAGUUCGCCAUUAACGUCGGCGAAUACGAGUCGGACGCCAGUUCUGGUUCCGAUUCCAAUUAAAUUUUAUUAUUUAAGGACGUCCCAUAUUCUUUUCUCUGUUUGGAGAUUUUAUAAUAAAAAAUGUUAUUAUAAGAGAUUUUCAAGAAAUGAUCCACAAUUCACAAGAAUCAACUUACAGGCAUAUAAAGAAAGUAAUUAAUUACAUUGUAUUGUAGAUAGUUUUAUUAAAUAAAAGGAAAUUGUAUUUAGUAUUAAGAAAGACUUAAUUUUUUGUAAAAAAAUGAAUUUAUAAAAUAAAGUAAUAAAAUAAUAUAAUUAUGAUAAUCAAUAUGAUAUUAGUGUAAUAAUAUCAUAGUCAUAUUAUCAUAGUGUAAAACAAUAUUAUUGUAAUAUUAGUGUAAAAAUAUAUAAAUAUUUAUUUUCAAUGUAAGAUUUUUAGAGAACGUAUUUUUAUAACAA